UUUGUGCCAAUUCUAACGUAAAGAAGCUAAUUCCUCUACCUUGUGGCAAGUAUAAAACGCGAGUGACUUCUUCAACCACCAAACAUAGUUCAUCAGCUCACCAGCCCACGAAGAUGUUCAAAAUUGUGAUUGUCUUGCUCGGAUUAUCUGCAGCCCUGAUCCAGGCUCGUCCCAGCUACCUGCCCAGCUAUGAGACCGUGGAAUAUGCUCCUAGCGUUGUUGGAUACGAGCACCUUGCCCUGCCCGCCGCCGUUUCCCACCAGAGCUCCACGGUGGUACACGAGAAGCGGCCCUACUGGCGUCCCAUUGUAGACCACACGCCUCUCCUGAAGGCCGCCUACGCGCCCAGCAUUUCUUACGCCCCUCUGGGAUACUCUGCCGGCAGUGCCGGAUGGUACGAGCCGGGCAUCUGGGGCGGAGCCAGCUAUCCCGGAAUUUACGUCAAGUAGGGGGAGUUCUAAGGAAAUAG